AUGAAUCGAGCGCAGUCGGCGGGGAGUUUAAAGGACUCCCUCAGCUUCUUGGAGAUGCUCAAGAAGCAAAUCGACGCAAACUUGCAGCACCACAAACCGGGGGAAUGUCCUCUAACAAAGAAGGACAUUCUCGAUCUAGGUCAACUGCAAAAAGAAAUUGAUUUCCAAGAAAACGUCCACGCGGUGGGAAUCACGUGCGCGCAACUUUUCCAUAACACGGCCCCUGCCGUUUUGUAUGAGCAAGCACUCAAGAAAGAGGCAGGCUCUCUCAUUGCGAGCAGCGGAGCGCUCUGCGUCUCUUCAGGCUUGAAGACUGGACGGUCUCCCGCGGAUAAGCGGAUAGUGGAGGAACCGUCAUCGAAAGACGACGUUUGGUGGGGAAAGGUUAACAUCCCAUUCUGCGAGAAGUCCUACCUUGUAAACCGUGAACGCGCGGUGGAUUACCUAAAUCUCCAAGAUCAGCUGUACAUUGUGGACGCAUUCGCCGGUUGGGAUCCCGAGUACCGCAUCAAGAUUCGUGUGAUUACCACCCGGGCAUAUCAUGCAUUGUUCAUGCAAAACAUGCUCGUCCUGCCGACUGCUGAGGAGCUGGAGAACUUCAAGCCGGAUUUCACCAUCUACAACGCAGGCUGUUUCCCCGCCAAUCGAUAUACAAAUGGUGUAACAAGCCAGACCUCCGUUGCCAUGAAUUUAGGAGCAGGAGAGAUGGUCAUCCUGGGAACGCAGUACGCUGGAGAGAUGAAGAAAGGCAUCUUGACUUUGAUGAUGUACCUCAUGCCAAAGAGGGGCCAGUUGCCCCUUCACUCUUCCUGUAACGUCGGACCCAAAGGAGACGUCACGCUUUUCUUCGGCCUCUCUGGAACCGGCAAAACCACAUUAUCAGCAGAUCCAUCGAGGCAGCUGAUCGGCGAUGAUGAACACGUGUGGACAGACAAAGGAGUUUUCAACAUUGAGGGAGGCUGCUAUGCAAAGUGCAAGGACCUCUCAAAGGAGCAGGAGCCCGAGAUUUGGAACGCGAUUCGUUUUGGGAGCGUACUGGAGAAUGUCAUCAUCGAUGGAACUACGCGGGUCGUUGAUUUCCGUGACGUUUCGAUCACGGAGAACACCCGGUGUGCUUACCCCCUGUCCUAUAUUCCGAAUGCCCUGAUUCCUGCAAAAGUCGACACUCAUCCGUCAAAUAUCAUCUUGCUGACAUGCGACGCAUUCGGAGUUCUACCACCCCUGUCAAAACUGACGCCCGACCAAGUCAUGUAUCACUUCAUUAGUGGCUAUACUAGCAAGAUGGCUGGAACGGAAAUUGGGAUUCUUGAGCCGACAGCAACGUUUUCCGCGUGCUACGGAGCGCCUUUCUUGGCCAUGCAUCCCAUGGUUUACGCUGAGAUGCUCGCCAAGAAGCUGAAAGAGCACAAUGCCCAUGCGUGGCUACUGAAUACUGGCUGGAUCUGCGGAGGAUACGGAAUGAGCGAAGGGCGACGCAUUCCUCUCAAGUACACUCGUCUCAUGGUGGACGCGAUUCACGAUGGCACUGCCUUGCAAACUGAAUAUCAAACAAUGUCCGUGUUUAACCUGGCCGUGCCGAUCGCGAUCAAAGGUGUCCCAAGCGAUCUGCUGCUUCCCGAGACGUGCUGGUCAGAUAAGAACAAGCUCGACGCGCAAGUGCGCAAACUGGCUUCUUUGUUUAUUGAGAACUUUGGUAAUUACACGGAUAGGGCGACCCCCAAUGUUGUGGCUGCUGGCCCUAUUCUUUAG